ACCAAACAUAAAAACUAACCACUUUCAUUGCACAGUGUGGCGUGAAGUGUCGAAGAGACACGGUCAAAGCAAGGCCUAUAUAUCCAUUCACACCAUGAGGUGACGGGUGAUUCCCAACGCUUCCAGAUCAUAGACUGAUACUUGAUAUUUGCAAUAAUUACGGUGUCUAAUUUUUAAGAUAUUUUGAAGAUUUUCAAGAAAAGCCGUGGACGCUUAAAGAUUCCAAUCAACAUGGCCCACAGUAAAGCAAUAUUAUUCCUGUCUCUGAUAGUUACGACGUUAUUAUGCAUAGGUGCACAGCAAAUUGAUGUCGGACCGUCUGACGAGACUAAAAGAGAAGGUAGUGACGUAAUGUUUAAUUGCACGGUGUCCGACAACAAUGGAACGCAGGUUAAAUGGAUUCAUAAUUCAGAAGGGCUGACUACAGAAUCCGAAAUUAUUACCGACGAUAAUCGGGUAUCUCUCACUGGCGACCAAUCACGGGGCGAAUACAAUUUAAAUAUUGUGAAUCUCGGAAGUGACGACGCUGGCACGUAUAUCUGUGUAAUCGAUGAGGGCAAUCCUAGUGGCACUGAUCCAAGUUCCAGCGCAACACUCAUUAUAAUUCCUGCCAUUGCUCCAGACAGUGGCUCUCCGACCUGCGAAGCUAAUACCCCAAGCUACGACGAAGGUGUUACUGCAAAUGUUGUGUGCACAUCAAAGGGUGGUAACCCCAAGCCUGACCUUAUUUGGAGCAUGGGAGGUCAAGAUUUAGUGGCAGUUGCUAGCAAUUCGGCCGAUGGCAACGAGUUGACGUACAGCUUCGUCCUGAGCCCGGUAUACCAAGGUUCUACGUUCACGUGCACGUCACAACAUCCAACAUAUUCAGUCGCAAAACAAUGCAGUAUUGGGCCGAUUUCUAUAAAUUUGAUUCCACGAGUUCAAGUCAGCGUCAGUCCCGAAAUGUUAGAGUUGUACGAAGGCCAGGAAGGUACCAUAAAUUGUCUGGCUACUGGCGACCCACCAGUCACUGGCUACACCUGGCACUAUGGGAGUAGCCGCAUCAACAGCACCGACAAGAGAUUCCGAGCGAAUGAAGGCGACAGCAGUCUCACUAUAGUCAGUGCUGUUAACAGUAUGGAUGGCGCACAGAUUAAGUGCGUUGCAAGCAACAGCAUCGACUCGCAGCUAGCGACUGCUACCAUCACGAUAGUUCCCGCACCAACCGAAGAAGGAUACAGCCUGAAUUUUCAUUAUUGCCAUUGGCGCGCUUAUACUGAGUUUAGUAGUGUUUGUUUGUUGUAUCAUUCCUCUUAUAAUUUACUGUUGUUAUAAACGAAACCUGAAAGAAAAGAAAAAAAGAAAGAAAUGCGACUGACCAUUAAAAAAGAAAAAGCUGCUAUCGCCGCCGAAAGCGCAACUGGACAAAACUACUACGUAGAAUACGAGGGAAAACGGAAAAGGCGACGAAGGAAAAAGCAGAAACAUUCAGUUGUCAUCAAGCACAACGUCGUGGAUCCAAUUAGCGGUCAGGUAAAGAGUACAAAGUCGAACGGUACCGCUAACAGAAGAACUAGCGACGAUUACGAAGCGCCGAUUCGAAGCUCGAAGCGUUCCCGAUCUGAGAAACGAUCGCGGUCCGAGUCCCCAAGUAAAUCUAAAUCUCUAGGUGACACCAACCGUUCACAGAGUGAAGACCGGUCAUCUUCCACGAAAGGAAGGCGCCCUCUCCACCAUAAGGUCUCACUCUCCCCGGGUGAGUAUCUCGCGAGAGCUGACUUGGAAGAUAAGGUCCACCAAGUCGAAGAUCUUCAGAAAUCGCUGACAAUAUCGCCGGAAAGAGAGCGAAAACACCGUCGGAGACGUCACGAAAGGUCACGAGACAACAGACGUAACCAUGAACGCCGGGACAAAGCACAGAAAGACUAAAUACUUAACCAAAGUUGAAGUGACUCUAGAUGUAAAGAAGGGUGGGACUAUAUGUAUAACAACGAGUACCAGGAAAACAAAAUUAUGAUAGUCAAGAGAAAAACUUUUUCUUUAUGGUUUUUUUGUCAAGAUGUUAGUGAAGGGUGUGCCUUAAUUCGCGAAUUAGAACCUCUUUGCAGUUAAUUUUGCCAACGACUUACAGUACUGACUGAAUACCUGUAAGUUCCAGUAUUGACAGAACAAUACUUCUUUGAAGUUAGUGUGUGAACAUUUCUAGUGUAAAUACUCUGUACAUAGUCUUUAUUGUAAAAUAAUUAAUGACGUAUUUUUUCUAUUGGCUAUAA